GCACACGGUCACACUGAGUCUCGCGUUCAUUCCAAUUUGUUAUUUUUUUAGGUUUACUGUCAUUUUAUUUAAGUUAACCGAAGCGCACAAAUCAGUUUUAAGUUAAAAUGAACGCCCUGACCCGCUGCGCCUUUCUGCUGCUCACUCUGGCCAUUUGCGGCAGCUGGGCCAUCAGGUGCUACCAGUGCUCCUCGGACCAGGAUCGCAAAGGACACGACAGUUGCGGUGCCUAUAAGAGGUUUAACCGAACGGAACACAUCGCCAUCGAAUGCAACAGCGACGAGAGCCACAUGCCAGGAUCCUUCUGCAUAAAGGUCGUUCAGCAGGGUCCUCGAGGAUUCAUUUGGGACGGUCGGUGGCGUCAAGUUAUUCGGCGCUGUGCCUCCGUUUCCGACACCGGAGUGACUGGCGCCUGCAACUGGGGCGUCUACGAGAAUGGCGUCUACUGGGAGGAGUGCUACUGCUCCAACGACAGCUGUAAUGGCUCCAGCCUCAAGCAAGUCCACGGAUCCGUGCAGCUACUACUGGGAUUCCUGCUUAUUGGCGCUGCCUCAAGGAUCGUGAGAAGUUAAUGGAGAAACUAUACUGAAUCUCCCCCACCAAAAAAGACAAAAAGUGCCUUUUCACCUCUCCCUUUCUAUUAGUUUCUAAGCUGAGAAUGACUUUUGAUACUGAAGAAGAAUCACAUUCCGUCCACUUUUCUGUGCCUUAAGUUAAGUCAAAAAGUUAUACACAAGUGUAAAUGUUAAGCUAGAUAGUGACGGCUGACAGCAUAAAGUUAAAAUAUUGUAAAAGCGAAAAGUAAUUUUUUCCUUCAAUCAUUAAGUCAAGGUUUAAAUAUGUUAGUUUUCUUAAAAGAAUUAUCUAUCCUUCGAAUGAACUAUGUACACAAACUAGAGUACAUAUACAAAUUUGCUCAUAGUAUAAAUUUCCUUUUUGCAGUAAAAUUUGCGACAUGAAGGACAGCUGUAGACGCUAACACGACAAAAAAAGAUGUAUCAAAAGUUGUUAAACCUAAAUUGUGUAGGAUUACUUUUCGCUUUUAUAUUGUAUCAAAUAUUGUCGAACCCACAUAUCCUUAAACCAGAAUCUUGUACACAUCGAAUCUCGAAUAAUCCAUCCGCAAUCGAAAUAUACACACAAACAUACAAAGUAAA